CUCAAUACCGGAAGUGCUUCACCAUGUUUGCUCGUAGUCAAAGAACCCUGCUAUUUGCACGCAACCUGUACGUUACCUCCACAGCAAAUAUGUCUUUAAAGGUAGGAGACAAGCUGCCAAACAUCAGUGUAUUUGAGGGAACACCAAAAGAUAAAGUAAGCCUCAGUGAGCUGUUUGCUGGCAAGAAAGGAGUCCUCUUUGCUGUCCCAGGGGCCUUCACACCGGGUUGCUCAAAGACUCAUCUACCUGGCUAUAUAGAGAAGUAUGAGGCACUGCAGGGUAAAGGAGCAGGAGUGGUAGCAUGUAUAUCAGUCAAUGAUCCUUUCGUAAUGGAUGCUUGGGGUAAAGCACAAGGUGCAGAUGGCAAAAUUCGCAUGCUGGCUGAUGCAACUGGUGAGUUUACCAAGGCCAUAGGAAUGGACAUUGACUUGCCCCCUCUAGGUGGAGUACGCUCUAAGAGAUACUCUAUGGUGAUAGAAGAUGGUGAAGUGAAAGCUGUGAAUCAAGAGCCAGAUAAUACAGGACUUACCUGCAGUCUAGCAGAUAAUAUCAUGGGCCAGCUAUAAGAUUAAGACGAACACUCUUGCAUCUUGAACCCAGCUUCUAGAAUAUUGCCAAAUUAUAGCACAUAAGCUACCAAGUAGUAUAUAUUUUAAUGGACUUGUGCCAUGUGACGUUCGAAUCAAUUAAUUAUGCCUAUACAGUGUAUGUCAUGUACCAUUGUACCAAGGGAAGUGUCAAGUACAGUGAAAGCUGUAAAGUGGAAC